AUGCCCGAAGCACUUCGCAAUAUUGACACUAUUGGAGCCGAUGUGAUCCUUGCUACUGUCUUGUUUCUUAUUAACUCGGAGCUUAUCGAAUCGGGUUGGCAGAGUUGGCGGCCUCACCUUGAGGGUGCGAAGAAGCUUUUGAAUAUGAUGGAGCCAUAUGCCAGCUUCGACACAACAUUGCGAGACUAUAUAGUAGCAGACUGCUAUGUAUAUUGCACUCUGAGUUUAUCCUUCAACCCGUCCACACCAGGCACGCAAGCGGCGUCUUUUGCUCCAAGUCAAGUGAACUCGACACUUUCCAGGACAAACAAUUCAUUCUUCUGUUGUCCUCCCGAGGUUCUCGAUAUUCUCCGGGAAACGGCACAGCUACUACAUACUGAAUCACAGGGGAGCGUCUCUGGCCAAGAAGCUCUGGUUGAAUUCACCAACCUGCUAGAUCGUGCACAACGUCUAGACGUGCUCCAAUGGGCAAAGGACAGAGUGCCUGAUUCAAACGAAGUAGCUCUCUGGAGCAGUUGCCGUACUGGUUCCGCGCACAGACUGGCAACGUGCCUCUACAUCAUCCAGUCAUCCCCUGCGUUGCGCACCAGGAUGCCGGAUCAAGUUUGCAAAAGUCUCAUCCAGGAUCUUUACGAGACGCUCCUACCGUUGCCUGACGAGGAUCCAAACUUCAAAGCCACAGGAUGGCCCACCUUUAUUUAUGGAACGACGGCAACGACUCCGGAGUCCCGCGCCUGGGUCAUGGAUCGAUUGAAGAUGGUAGCAGCAAUAUGUCCUUGGGGAUUUCUAUAUUCUGCGAUCGAUACACUGCAGAUCUUAUGGAAGAACCAAACUCAAGAUGACGGGUAUAUGAACUGGGUGAAGAAGCUCAAAGAUUUGAAUGUGGACUUUUUGAUGGUCUAA